ACCUCUCUUGUUCCUUUCUCAGUUUCCAAUCUCUCUUUGCAGCAUAGCCGUGGGGAACAGCGGAGUGGAGGCGACAGGCUAUGGCCUCACGAUCAGUGGAGUGGCGCCAAGAGCCCGCCUGGCCGUGUACAAGGCAUGCUGGCUGCUCGAGGAUGGCAGCAGCGCGUGCGAGGCGGCAGACAUAGAGGCGGCGAUGAACCAAGCUGUGGCGGACGGAGUGGACGUCGUCAGCAUGUCGCUGGGGACGGCGCAGGGCGCGCCUCAGCUGAACGACUACCUCAGCCAGAUGUCCCACCUGCGCGCCUACCUCGCGGGUGUGGUGCUGGCCAUGUCCGCAGGCAGCAAUGGCCAGCCGCCCUACGAUGAGACCACGUGGCAGACUCUCCAGAACACCUCACCCUUCGCACUCACUGUGGGAAUCAGCACGGUGGCACGGCAGCAGGGCAAGCUGGUACUUCCAGACGGCAGCGAGGUGCGAGGCUACUCCCUCACUGACUUCGACCUACAGGCGCCGCUGCUCCUGCCGGCUCUGGCCGCUGCUGGCAGUGGUACCCACACGGGGCAAUCCACAGGGAGUGACUCUACAGGGACUGUCGCUCCUGGGAGUGAAGCAGCAGCAGCAGAAGAGGAGGAGGACAGCGAUCCCACACAGUAUUGUGUGCCCGGCUCCCUGGCCAGCUUGGACGUAGAGGGGAAGAUAGUGGUCUGCACAGCAGGGGGCGGGGUGAAAGUGGAAGAGGCAGUGGCCGAGGUGCAAGUCAGCAACGGAGCCGGGGUGGUGAUGGCGGGCGGCGACGACGAAACGCUUCCCUGUUUGAUGGCGGCUCGGCCCUCCCUCUUCUGCUGGUGCCACAACUCGUGGGACACCCCACCACCCCCCAUGGACCAUUGAUCCGUGUCUUUGGCACCAGCGGCAGGGCAACCCCUCAAGACAGCGCUCCGUCUUACACAACCAUCCAAAACUGGUGCCUCGAAGCCUUCGCUAAGGCUGGGCUCGACAACAGACACCUCGGCACCCACUCUUUUCGCAAGGGCGCAGCAACUGUGGCAGCUAACUUGGGGAUCCCCGACCGGCUCUUCAAACGACUCGGUCGCUGGCGCAGUGAUACGGCCAAAGAUCUCUACGUCACCAUUGCGCAGGACCAGCUCCUUGCGGCGUCCACGCGCAUCCAAGACGCUUCCGCCGCUCCGUCGCCCAGUCACCACCCGUUGUCUAUCAAGCGACAUCGCCAGCCCCUGCUACACAUGCCUCAGAAGACCCAUAUGAAAUGAAGCACGCUGCCUUUGCCAAGAUGACCCAAGCAAGCUUUCACGAUAUGUAAUUUUUUGAAUGCGUGUAACGCUUUAUGAAAAAUUUGUAUACUGAAAGUGUAGCGAGGGCCAACGCAGCAAGGACAGCGUCGAAGCGCUACUCACCCUCUUUUGCCUACAAAAGAGGGACGUGAGGCCAUUCGACCUCACCCACGUUCUUCAUUUCUAGUUCCAGUUUCGUUUUCCAGUUCUCGUCCUACCGUAUUCCCCCGUAUAAAACACCCGCCGGAAUUAAGCUUCCCCGGGUAG